AUGGAGAGAAGCGAGGAGCAAGACGUCAGUGAGAAGCCCGCAGGGCCAGAGCCUGACAGUGGGGCACCAGGACUGUCACUGAAGAGGGAGAUUGGUCUGUGGAGUGCAGUUUCCAUGACUGCUGGCUGUAUGAUUGGUUCUGGCAUCUUCAUGUCCCCACAGAGGGUCUUGGUUUACAUGGGUAGUCCUGGUGCCAGUCUUGUUGUCUGGGCCAUUUGUGGCCUCCUGGCCAUGCUGGGUGCCCUGUGCUAUGCUGAACUGGGCAGUCUGGUUCCUGAAUCUGGGGGAGACUAUGCCUACAUUUUACGAACCUUCGGCUCUUUGCCUGCCUUCCUGGUUAUCUACACAUUUGUCCUGGUGGCCAGACCUGCUGCCAUCACAGCCGUCUCUCUGAGUUUUGCUGAAUAUGCGCUGGCUCCCUUUUAUCCAGGCUGCUCCUCAUUCCCUCAGAUCACGGUCAAGAUUGUAGCUUCCUCUUGCAUCCUGUUGCUGCUACUGAUCAACUUCUGGAGCUCCCGGAUAUCCACAGUGGUGACGAACGUGUGCACAGCUGCCAAGGUGUUCUCAUUGCUCGUCAUUGUAGUGGGUGGGGCUGUGGUGCUGGCCCAGGGCCGCAGUCGUGCAGAAUCCUUGCCGUUUGCCUUCCACAACACAACACAGCAGGCAGGGCGCAUUGGCAUGGCUUUCUACCAGGGCCUGUGGUCCUUUGAUGGCUGGAAUAAUAUCAACAUGGUUGUAGAGGAGCUCAAGAACCCAAAGCAGAACCUGGUAUGGGCAGUGAUGAUUGCCAUCCCCUUGGUCACCGUCCUGUACGUUCUGGUCAAUAUCAGUUACCUGCUGGUUAUGUCACCCUUGGAGAUCCUCUCCUCUGAUGCCAUGGCUGUGAGCUGGGGGAACCAGGUUCUGGGGUCCUGGGCCUGGCUGGUGCCCUUGGCUGUUGCACUUUCGACAUUUGGUACUGUCAAUGGGGCUUUCUUCAGUGGCAGCCGUUUGUGCUAUGCAGCUGCAAGAGAAGGCCACAUGCCUCAACUUAUGUCCAUGAUUCAUGUGCAUCGACUUACACCAGCUCCAGCCCUGGUCUUCACCACAGCUGUGGCUUUGGUCCUGGUCAUUCCAGGAAACUUCAGCACCUUCGUGAACUUCUUGAGCUUCCUCUCCUGGCUCACCUCCGGAACCACCUUUGGCUGCCUCCUGUACUUGCGAAUGAAGACAAAGAAUCUUCCUCACACUUACAAGGUUCCCACCUUCCUUCCUGUCAUCAUGCUCCUGGUGUCUCUCUACCUGGUGCUGGCCCCUGUUAUCGACCACCCCCAGAUGGAAUUCCUGUACAUCUUCUUAUUCCUGCUCAGUGGCUUCCUGGUGUAUAUCCUGCUUUUCUGCUUCCAGUGUCAGUCCAAAUGUAUGCAAGCUGCCACCAUGCAUCUCCAACUGCUCCUGGAAGUUGCUCCAACCACUAAAGAUCAUUGA